ACCUUUCUAAUAGUUUUCAAAACAGCAGUGAUUAGAAAUGAGUUAAGUAUAGGCUCACCAUUGGUCAGUAUGAUAAGUGCAAUUCCAUUUUUGCUCCCACCUGUGUACUAAUUGCACCCUGAUGAACCUGAACAAUAACACUAGAGUUGGAAGAGACCUUAAUGGUCUUCUAGUAGUUCAACCCCUUGCUCAAGCAGGAGACCUGGCCUGUACCAUUUCGGAUAUGGAUGCCGAUUUAAACAGAAACUAGCAAAAAUUGAAUCCUGUUAUAAUUCAGAGAGUCCAGGUUGUACUAAAAUGAGAGGAAAGGGCAGAACAGUCUGUGGGUAACGGGAACUUGCCCUCGAGGAUGCUUGAAAAUUUUUGAUUUAUUUAAAGCUAGAGAGUGUAAUCCGGAAAAAUUCUGUGCGGUCGCUAGAAGUCAAAAAAGACUUGAUAGCACAUAAUUAGAGUGUUCCUACGUAAAUAAGCCAAUUUUCACAGUGCGAGUUAUCCAACAUAAGUCGAAUUUGGCUGACUCAGUGAACAAUAACUCUGGGUUCACACAACCUGCCAACUACGCCACGACGGAACGUCACAUCCCGCCUGUGUUUAAGAACGCCGAGGGCAGGGCAAGCAAGAUUCAGAUAAGGGCAAGUGGCCUCGUUGGAAGAGUCUGAGCGUGCUCAAGGACAACCGGGCAUGCUCAGUAGCACCCGGGCAGGACUUUGACACUUCGGGGGCUCGGACGGAGCUUCGCUUAGGGCAGCAUGCCUCAUAGUACAGAACUAUAUCAAGAUACUCCAUCUACAUGCUGGCCUAUUGUAUAUUCACCAGACUACAACAUUUCCUUUCUUGGCCUGGAGAAACUACAUCCAUUUGAUGCUGGAAAAUGGGGGAAAGUAAUACAUUUCUUGAAAGAAGCAAAGCUAAUUACAGAUGACUUGAUUGUACAGGCUCGAGAGGCCACCGAGGAGGACCUUUUAGUUGUUCACACAAGACAUUACUUGAAUCGAUUAAAGUGGUCCUUUGUAGUGGCUACAAUUACAGAAAUCCCUCCAGUCCUUUUUAUGCCAAAUUUCCUUGUUCAGAGGAAAGUGCUCAGGCCUCUGAGAACCCAAACAGGAGGAACAAUAAUGGCAGGGAAACUGGCCAUUGAGCGAGGAUGGGCAGUUAAUGUUGGUGGUGGCUUCCAUCACUGUUCAAGUGAUAGGGGUGGAGGCUUCUGUGCAUAUGCUGAUAUCACAUUGACUAUAAAGUUUUUAUUUGAAAGAGUAGAAGGAGUUUCAAGGGCAACAAUUAUAGACUUGGAUGCACAUCAGGGAAAUGGACAUGAAAGAGACUUCUUGGAAGACAGAAGAGUAUAUAUUAUGGAUGUUUACAACAGGUAUAUUUAUCCAGGAGAUGGACUUGCUAAACGAGCCAUAAAACGGAGAGUUGAAUUGGACUGGGGUACAGAAGACACUGAAUACCUUCAAAAAGUAAAAACUCACGUGGAAGGCGCACUGAAUGAAAUGAGACCAGACAUCAUUAUCUAUAAUGCUGGAACUGAUAUUUUGGAUGGUGAUCCUCUGGGGGGCUUAGCUAUUUCGCCUGAGGGCAUUAUCAAAAGAGACGAAAUUGUGUUCAGAGCUGCUCGAAAGCACAGAAUCCCUAUCCUGAUGGUGACAUCUGGGGGCUACCAGAAGCGGACUGCACGGAUUAUUGCCGAUUCUCUCCUCAAUUUGCACCACCUUGGGUUGAUUGACCAUGAGCUUGCAGCUUGGGAGUCUGGAACCACUGAGGUCCAUUAUAAGGACACCUCCCACUUCCCACUUGGGGCCACCAGCUACUUAAGGGAAGGCUGCAGGCAGAUAUGAAUACAAUAGCAUCUUCCCAAAGCUGGGCCAUCACUCCUUCAGGAGGCAGUGAGUCUCAUAGUUUAAGUGCUUUGCAUUGAGAAAUGUCUUUUCUUUUUCUUCUGAACCUACCUUCUUUACAUUUCCCUGGGUCCCACAAUUUCUGUUGUGGGAAAGGUAGAAGAAUCUUUGCCAGUUUGUCUCAUUUAACACCUUAUCCUCUACAUCUCUAUCGCUUUACAUAGCACAGGUAUACACGCAUACUGAAGCAUGCAAUAGUCAAGCAUUGCACGAAUAAAAAGUUUUGUCUUGCAAACAAGUGGACACAAUAAUACUUUUAAAACAUGAAAUGUCUGAGAUACAAAGAAGGUCAAAACAUCUCAACUGGGCCGGCAUUCCGUCUGGAAAUCCAAAAGAAAGACAAUGCUUCUGUGUUCUGUAUCUAUUUGUACAUAAAUCUACAUAAUUGUUUUAUGACACAUUUGUUG